AUGGCUUCAGUGAAAACUCUAAACGUCUCGAAGCAAACAACUGGCAUUUCAUAUACUACUAUUGCUCUUGCAUUAUAUAUAAACAAUCGACGGGAAAUAUCACCAAAAAUUAAUAUUGAAUGGAAAGAUGCUAAAUUGAGCACUAAGAAUGUCGAAUUAGUGAUAGAAAACCAGGUUAUUACAGGAACAAGUACUAUCAUUAGGUAUCUUGCCAGAGAAUAUAAAUCCUUGGAAUUAUAUGGAUCAAAUGCGAUCUCUACUACAUUGAUUGAUCAUUGGAUAGAUUUUGCGUCAAAUACUCUUAAUUCUCAAGACUACAAACAACUUGAAUCAGGAUUUGAUGAAUUAAAUCAUCAUCUUACACUUCGUACUUAUUUUGUUGGCUAUAAGCUUACUUUGGCCGAUAUUAUUAUUUGGGGCACAUUAAAAAAUUCUGCUGUAUUCAAUCGUCUAUUGAAAACCGGCAAAAAUGUGGGUACACAUCUCGCUCGUUGGUUUUCUCAUAUUAAUACUAUGUCAUAUAUUCAAGAAACAAUCGCAUGGGUGCAACAAAAUUCUACUAACGAAACUAAAAGUCGUUCUGAGGGACCUAACAUGAAUAUUGGAUUGGUUGAUGCGAAAAUCGGACAAGUUGUGACAAGAUUUCCACCAGAACCUAGUGGUUAUCUCCAUAUUGGCCACGCAAAAGCUGCAAUGCUUAACCAAUAUUUUGCACAAUUAUAUCAAGGAAAAUUGAUUGUGCGCUUUGAUGAUACUAACCCUACAAAGGAAAAAGCAGAAUUUGAAGAAUCUAUCAAAGAGGAUCUUACACUGUUAGGAAUCCAUGCUGAUCAAAUUACUUAUACUUCAGAUCAUUUUGACGAGUUGUACGAAUAUGCUUUAAAAAUAAUUACGAAAGGAUUAGCAUAUGUUGACGAUACUGACGUCGCAACGAUGCGUGAACAACGCAUGGAUGGUAUUGUUUCUAAAUCUCGUGACUUAUCUGUUGAAGAAAAUCUGAAACGAUUUCAGGAGAUGAAAGAGGGAACUGAGUUUGGUCUCACUUGCUGCUUGCGCGCUAAAAUUGAUAUGAGUAAUCCAAAUAAAGCGUUACGCGAUCCAGUCAUAUACCGUUGCAAUUUAUUGGAACAUCAUCGAACUGGAAAUAAAUGGAAACUUUACCCUACUUACGAUUUUGCAUGUCCAAUAGUUGAUUCAAUAGAAGGAGUCACCCAUGCAUUAAGAACAAAUGAAUAUCACGAUCGUAAUGCUCAGUAUUAUUGGAUUCUUGAUGCUUUGGAAUUACGAAAAGUUCAUAUUUGGGAUUUUAGCCGAAUGAAUUUUAUUUAUACAUUAUUGUCAAAACGUAAGCUACAAUGGUUUGUCGAUCAAAAAAUUGUUUCUGGAUGGGAUGAUCCACGAUUUCCAACUGUUCGUGGCAUUCGUCGACGUGGAUUGACCGUCGAAGCGCUGAAACAAUAUAUUCUCAUGCAAGGUGCUUCGCAAAAUGAUGUGAUGCUCGAAUGGGACAAAUUAUGGGCUCUCAACAAAAAAAUAAUUGAUCCUAUAGCCCCAAGACACACGUCAAUCCUUAGUGAUAAUAUAGUCAAGACCAAGAUAUUAGGAGGCCCUGAGAAACCAUAUGAGAAAGAGAUACCAAAGCAUAAGAAAAAUCCUGAUGUCGGAACAAAACAUACUACCUUUGCAUCAAAUAUUCUAAUAGAGCAAGAAGACGCAAAAACUUUUGAGAUUGGUGAAGAGAUUACAUUGAUGGAUUGGGGCAAUGCUAUAGUCAAAGCCAUUAAUAAAUUCGAGGAAAACCCCGAAAUUGUUAAAACACUCGAAUUACAACUUCACCUCGAAGGUGACUUCAAAAAAACGAAAAAGAAAAUCACAUGGUUGGCCGAAACCGCCAGCAUUAUCGAAGUAACUCUGCUAGAUUAUGAUUACCUUAUCAAUAAGAAAAAACUCGAAGACGGAGAUGAUGUGAAAGAUUACGUGACAAAAACAACUGAAUUCCGCGCAACAGCUUUUGCUGAUGCAAAUGUUAGACAUUUAAAGAAAGGAGAAACUAUUCAAUUUGAGCGUCGUGGAUAUUAUAUUGUGGACGUUGAAGCAGCAACAACCCUAAUUCGUAUUCCCGAUGGGAAAGCCACAAUGAUGGCCUCAAAAGCGACAGGUGAUGUGAAUACAACUGUGAUCUCGAAUACAUCGGUGAUCUCUACCUCUUUUACUUCUAAUAUCAAAAUGUAUAAUAUCCGUAAUAUAUAUGGCGAGAUAUCUCUUCCAAAGCCUGAAGAGGUAUCCAAAAUGUAUAUUGUAUAA